GAUACAGAUACGGUGCAUGAGUCACAUUAUCUUGCCCAUUGCUGUAAAGUACCCUUUGCUUGGUGCACGUUACCUCAUUCAAUUUUGUUCAUAAUUCAUCGAUAAAAUUUGAAUAUUCAUGUCAGUUUGUUGCAGUGCAGUGGUGGUGGUUGUAGAAGCCGAAGCGUUGUAAUUCUUGAGCUCGCACGAACGAACGACAGUAAAAGUCAAGCCGUAUUGCGAGACGAGUUGAGGAGUCCUAAACUCACGCGAAGGAAGGAUCCUCAUUGAUUCGAAGUACUUUUUGAUUCAGUUGAUCAUAAAGUUCCACGUUGAACGGUCGUGCUGUUUCAAAAGGCCAAGCGGAAAUCUUUUGGAGUCUCUCCACAACCAGUAUCGGUUUCAAGAAUGCGUCGAUUUGUUGUCGCGGUGUGCCUUUUGGCCCACUCAACCUACGGAUUGCCACAAAGAGGUGUUCAACUUGGAGGUGGUCCACGCCCAGUCACCCAAUUCACUCAUCCCCAGCAGCAGCAGCAGCAGGGUCCUAGUCAACCACCACCCAAUUUUGGUCCCAGCUACUCUCAACAACUCACAUUCGGCCCAUCCGAUGCAGGGCUCAGGGGUCAACAAGGAGGACCAGGAGGGGCCGCGUACAGGUCACCCCAACCCAUCCUCCUCCAACAAGGCAGCCCCUCCGCGGCCCCACCCUCUUUCGCCGGAUUCCCCUCACCCCAAUUCGGAGGAGGACCAACGAGAGGGCCCGUGACGCACGCCAGACCGACAACUGCUUCCCCUGCGGACGACGAGUAUGAAGAGUACGAGGACGACGAAGAGUCUCCAAAACCACAAAUCCAAGUCACAGGACGACCCAUCCAACGUGCUCCUGUUCGAGUGUCGCAACCGAUUGCGUUUUCACAAGGUCCACAACGUUUGGUAAUUCCACAAUCGCAGCCGCAGCUACAACAAGCUCCAGCUCGUCAACGUCAACCAGUUCCUCAGAGACAACCCCUGCCAUCCGCGGCCCCACAAUAUGCCCCACAACCUCAACCACAACCACAGCGUGUCCAGUCAGCCGCACCUCUGCAACAACAGUCUCGAGGACAACAAGUUGCAUCAUUCGGAUUGGACGGGAAGCGUACCAGACUUACCACCCCUCCCCCCAUCCAAACUGUUAACAGAUACAUGAGAAAUAAUGAUGAUGGUUCCAUAACUUGGGGCUACGAGAACGAAGAUGGCACGUUUAAAGAAGAAACCAUCGGAGCCGAUUGUGUUGUCCGGGGAAAGUAUGGAUAUGUUGACCCUGACGGCCAGAAGCGAGAGUACGAAUAUCAAUCUGGUAACCCAUGUGACCCCAACAAGAAGAAUUUGGAGGAGGAAGAGGAAGAAGCAGAACGUGAGGGUCCAGGACCACAACAAAAAAUUCAAGGCGUUAUCAAUGCUCCACGACCACGCCCACAAUUGGUACAACAACAACAAGUUAGGAGACCUGUUCCACAACAGCAGCAGCAACAACAGUAUACUCCACAAUACGCAUAAUAAUUAUAUAUUGACAAAAGUUGGUAGUAUGUGCAUGAGACAAGCUCUAGAACUUGAAAAAAUACUCUUGUCGUCGUCCUUACCUUGCUUACCGAGUUUUUCAAUUGUUAUUUUUUUGUGAUGAGAUGAUGAUCGACGUAAGAGUGGUGAGAUCCAAAUUUCUUUGAUGAAGAAAUGAAUGCAUUAUAUAUUUGUAGUUAUGCUUUUUGACACCUUACGAAUAAACAUUGAACGAGAUAUGGAAUAUGAAUAUGCAAUGUA